AUGGGGAACCCUUCCUGGCUCAUGUACGGCCCCGAUGAUGCCAGGUUUGAAACACGCCCGAUACCAGUAACCGAAGAUCCCAACGAUGUGACAAUCCGCAUCGCCUACGUCGGCGUGGGCGGAAGUGAUAGCGGCAAAUACAAUAUCCGCCCCCACAUAAUUUUCGCUGCGGACCCGCCGCAUAUGCAUGGCACUCUUUCGAAGAUCUUCAACGUUCCAGCCCAUUGCUGUUACAAAAUUUCCCACAUCAUAAGGGAUAAUGGGAUUCAGUUUGGAGAAAACCUUGGGCUUAGUGAAGCCGCGCUUGUUGUGUCAAUGGCUGUUGCUGUACAUUCUGUGCGGCAGGCUGGUGUCCAGCCCGGAAAUAUAGUUGUUAUUUUGGGACCGAGACCGUUGGGCUCCGUUGGGCUCCGUUGUGCUGCUGUUGAGCGCGAGUUUGGGGCUACUGUCAUAAUGCCUCUCGAUUCCAGUUCGAGGAAGAUGAAGUUUGCUCUAGAAUGGAUAGCGCAUGAUGGGUUUCUGUUCUUGAUUUCUCCUGAGGAAUCAUUGACCGCGGAAGAGAAUAUUGUCGGAAUGGCGGAAUGGCUUCAAAUUUUGGAGUCAGAUUUUGACGCUUGGUAUGCUGGAUUUGAUGUUGUUAUUGGGGCUAUUGGCGCUGAGUUGUGCAUUCAGAUGGCUGUUCACUUGCUUCGGGUUGGCGGCUUGUUUGUUCACACUUGA